UGAUACUAAUAUACUGCAUAUAAAAACGGCCUUCGCAUCGGGUCCACUCACACGCCAACGUUCGCUUUCCCAAUACUUUUCAAACAUAUCAUAGUAUCAUCAACACCAACAUGCCCAGCCUCUCAACCUUCCCAAAACCCCCCACCGCCUCCCUCUACCUCCGCCUCCGUAUCAAACUCCUCCGCCUCCUCGCCACCCUCAUCCGCCUCGCCUUCACGUCCCGCAUCCCGGCCCAACGCGUCUUCCCAUCCCCCACCCACACCACCCCCUGCCUCGUCUACCACCCGCCCGCCAACCAACCCCCCACGGGCCUGUACGUCAAUUUCCACGGCGGGGGUUUCGCGGCCGGCUCACCUGAUGCAGACGGCGAGUUUUGCGCGUUUAUUGCGCGGGAAGUCGGGUGUAUUGUCGUUUCGGGGGGGUACAGACUUGCGCCGGAGUUUCCGUACCCGUGUGGGGUGCAGGAUGCGCGGGAUGUGGUCGUCUGGGCGCGGAAGACGUACUUGCCACAGACAGCGCAGAAGGUUGCGGUGGGCGGGUUCAGCGCCGGCGCAACCUUUGCGUUGGGUGUUUCCCAGUGGAUGGCUAGAGCGGGUACCCCCGUCUCCUACGCCGCGGCUUUCUACCCGGUGAUGAACUUCCAUCAGGAGUCGAAGAACACAUUGAAGGAGCGGAACCCGUGGAUUCGGGAUCUGUUCCAUGAGGCGUAUUUGAGUGGUCUGCCGCAUGACGAGGAGCUCCUGAGGGAUCCGGUGUUGUCGCCGAUGUAUGCUGCGGUGGAUGAGCUUCCGGGGUCGGUCACUGUGGUGAUACCGGAGAUCGACCCGAAUAUGCCGGAUAUGCGGGAGUUUGUGCGGCGGUUGGAGGAGGAGGUUGCGAAGAAUGGACGGGGUGCGGAUAAGCAGAUCAAAGGGUUGUACCUGGAGAAAUGUUUCCAUGGAUGGAAUCUUUUGCCUGAACGGCUCAUUGGGAAGGAUCGGGCUGCGAAGAAGUGGGAGGCGUAUCGGACAGUAGCUGACGAUGUUAGACGGGUUUUUGAAGUUUAAAAGCGAUUGGUCAUUUGUACAUGGGUUUGAGGCUCGAGAGGAGCAUAUACAUUCGGCGGAACUAUGAAUACAAACAAGGAUAUCUACAGCUAUCU